CGGGGGCGGGUGCAAGCGCGGGACAGGGCCUCUGCGCCCGGCCCCCCCACCCCGCCUUGAGCAUAAAAGCAGCCGCAGGCUGUGGGGCUCCACCACGCCGUCCACGUGCGCCUUGCAGUCUCUCCAUUUCUCGCUUGAGAUCUCCAGCCUCACCGCGGCUCGAAAUGGACCCCAACUGCUUCUGCGCCACUGGUGUCUCCAGCGCCUGCGCUGGCUCCUGCAAGUGCAAAGAGUGCAAAUGCACCUCCUGCAAGAAGAGCUGCUGCUCCUGCUGCCCCGUGGGCUGUGCCAAGUGUGCCCAGGGCUGCGUCUGCAAAUGGGCGUCGGAGAAGUGCAGCUGCUGUGCCUGAUGUGGGGACAGCUCUGCUCCCAGAUGUAAAUAGAGCAACCUGCACAACCUGGA